CAUGAUUCAUUUUUUUCAGUACUUUUCACAUGUUUUCUCCAUGUCGUCUCUGACCCAGCCAUCUUGAGAUUUAUUAGUUGAGAAUUCCAAAGUUUCAAAUCGUUUUAUACUCUUACCGGCCAACCUAUUCUACCUAUCCAGACUAAACCGUCACCACUGCAACACUCAGUCACAUCACAGCCAUGGAGCAUAAACAGGAGCAGGCCUUCACCAGCUCAUGGAAGAGCCCCCUCUUCCGGUGCUCGCCUUGCGGACCCCUGUGGAAGGCCAUAUGCUGGCCCUGUACCUCGUAUGCCGAGACGGAGCAGCUCCUGCGCGACCCAUCGGUGCCCGUCGAGAAGAACAGCCGUGACUGCAUCGAGUUCGGCCGCGAUUUCUGCAUUGGGUCAUAUGCCAUCAAACUCAAAACCCAACGCGCCGAAAUCCGCACCCGCUACGCCAUCCCCGGCACCUCCAACAACGACUGCCUCGUAUCCUGCUGCUGCUUUGCCUGCGCCGUGUUGCAGCACGACGAGGAAGUGCGUGCGCGGCUGGAGCGCGGCGACCGCGGCCAGGGUGCCGGCGUCGUGAUGGAGCGGUACCAGCCGCAGGGGAGGAUGGUUGUUGAGACGGGGGCGGGUGGCCACGGUGGUGGUGGUGGUGGUGGUGGUGGUGCGGGUGAGGAAGGGGAGAGGUUGAUGCAAGGCCAGGGGGGGAGGGGGGUGUGAAAUUUGGGGGUGGGUCACUUUUUGUUGGUGUUGUUGUUGUUGUUGUGGUGAGUGUGGGAAUGGGGAUUAAUCUACAUAGAGGGCGAUAAAAGGGUGUGAAGGCUGGGGGGAAAGGAUGAGUGGGAACCUAAGGGGAAGGAUUCGAGGCUCGUAUUUGGGAGCGGGAGUACAUAGGAUGGCGGGGUUGGUAAUUGGUAUUGCGACGAUGGUUAUGGCCAGUAAUCUUUUGGCAUUUUC